GCUAGGCAGGAAGCAGGAAGAAGUCAAAGCAAUAGAGGAAACUAUUACAAGUGAAUGGAGGGAAAGAGAAAAUAAGAUGAUCCUACUGCUGCGGAUAUUCCUCGGACUAAAGAAGUGGUAGGUUGUGACCCUUCGAUUACAAAUCUAAAAAAUGGAUCAGCAAGAUGAGAAAGAGACUGCUCCUAGCAAUGACGCUUUCCAAUACAGAAUGGGUCUCAAUGACAACAAGGCUGGGAUGGAGGGGCUUGAUAAGGAGAAAAUCAACAAGAUCAUCAUGGACGCUACAAAAGGCUCCAGAUUUUAUGAAAAUGAGCUCAAGAAAGACCAGCAAGUUAACCAGCGCAUUGAGAAAAUACUUCAACAAAAAGCCUUGCUGACCAGUUCACAAAUCAGUAAAGCUCAAAUUCAGGUUGAUCGGAUGGCACUGGAGCUGGAGAGAAGGCGUGAUUUGAAUCGUGUUAUUGUGCAUGUGGAUAUGGAUGCUUUUUAUGCAGCUGUAGAAAUGAGAGGCAAUCCUGAGCUGAAGGAGAAGCCUAUGGCUGUGGGUUCAAUGAGUAUGCUGUCCACUUCAAACUACUUGGCGAGAAGGUUUGGUGUACGUGCGGCUAUGCCUGGAUUCAUCGCAAAGAAAUUGUGCCCCAAUCUGAUAAUUGUUCCACUUAAUUUUGACAAAUAUCGAGAAGUAAGCAAAGAGGUUCGAGAAAUUUUUGCAGAGUAUGAUCCCAACUUUUUGCCUCUCAGUCUUGAUGAAGCCUAUUUGGAUAUUACUGAUCAUUUGGAGGAAAGGUUGACAUGGCCAGAAGAGCGGAGAAGAUAUGUUAAAGCUAGCAUAGUACAGAAAGAUGACUCUCCAGCAGGUGUGGCGACCUCUACUGGAAUGUGUGAAUCAGAACAGACACAAUGUACAUCACCAGUGCUAUUUGAAGACAGUCCUUCCUUCCUAAAUGAACAAACCCCACCUCAGUCUUUGCCAGAUCCAGCAGAGAUAGCAGAUCCUACGGAAAAUGCAGUUGUCUUUGGGACAUCAGCAGAAGAAGCUGUGAAAGAAAUGAGAUUUCGAAUUGAACAAAAAACCUCUUUGACUGCCAGUGCAGGCAUUGCUCCAAAUAUGAUGCUGGCAAAAGUUUGCAGUGACAAAAAUAAACCAAACGGUCAGUAUGUGAUUCCUCAUGACCGACAGGCAGUAAUGGACUUCAUCAAAGAUUUACCAAUCAGGAAGGUUCCAGGCAUUGGGAAAGUAACUGAGAAAAUGUUACAGGCUCUGGGUGUAACAACAUGUACUGACCUCUACCAGCAGAGGGCGCUGCUAUCACUGCUUUUCUCUGAGCUAUCUUGGCAUAACUUCCUACAUAUUUCUCUGGGCCUCGGCUCAACACACAUAGAGAAAGACGGAGAAAGGAAAAGCAUGAGCACAGAACGGACUUUCAGUGAGAUCAGCUCAGUGGAAGAACAGUAUGAAUUGUGUCGGGAACUCUGCAAGGACCUAGCAGAAGAUCUACAUAAAGAAGGACUAAAGGGCAGAACUGUUACCCUAAAACUGAAAAAUGUCAAAUUUGAGGUAAAGACAAGAGCUUCCACUGUAUCCCACACAGUCUGUACAGAAGGAGAAAUUUUCUGCGUUGCCAAGGACAUUCUUAAAGCUGAGAUUGAGGCAGUUUCACCGGAACCUCUGCGUCUUAGACUGAUGGGUGUAAGAGUUUCGGGAUUCACAUCAGAAGAAGACAAAAAGCACCAGAAGAGCAUUACCAGUUUUUUGUGCACUAAUAGACCAGCAAACAAAGUUUGUUCAGAUGCCACAGAAAAAGCAGUCCAAGAAAGGCAAGCCCCUUGUCCUCAGAAGGAGAGUUUCUUCAAUCAGAAGCGAGCAGCCAGACAGCAGGAAUUGCUAGAAAGUUCUAUUGGAACAGCUGGUACAGCUUGCACUAGCAAAGACCAAAAUGUGACAUUUCCUGUAUUCGAAGAACCCAAGGCUGGUGCAGAUGAUGCCAAAGAACAGCCGGAUUUCACAUGUCCGAUCUGUCUCAUGAAGCAAGGAGAUUGGGACCUAGAGGCAUUUAAUAAGCAUAUUGACGAAUGUUUAAGCAAAUCACCUUCCUCUGGCUUCUUUGAAAUGCCAAACAAAGAAAAAACAAAUCAAAUAAACUUGACUGCAAAUAAUGGGGGUAAUGAAAGCGAUUUUCAUGCAAACAAUCUUAAAAACAAAAUGGUGGCAAUAACACCAUGCGAUGACUUGUAUGACUUUGUUAUUGAUAAGAAUACAUUAUGUGCAAUACAGGGUGGUCAAACCUUACAGAGAAAUCUUAAAGGGUGCAGCAGUAAAAACAUGCGUCAGGACAUCUCAAAUAUGGUGUUAGGAAAGCAAGCAGUUCUUAAAGGCAAUGACAAGCAUAUAAAAUCAACACCACCCGGCACAUCAGCGGGCGAGGGAGAGUCCACACUCAUCUGCCCAGUGUGCAAUACACAACAAGCUACCACAGACCUCGCAGCUUUUAACAGACAUGUGGACAUAUGCCUCAACAAGGGGAUUCUAGAUGAAUUGAAGGAGGAUGAAGCGAACACAGGCAGAAACCUUGCACUUGGCAUUCACAAAGGCAGUACAGGAAAAGGAAGCACCAGCAAUAAAUCAACAUUACGUUCCAAAAGACCAGGCACAACCCAACAGAAUCCUGCUUCCAAGAAGGCCAAGACCAACCGUCCCAGCAAUACCAUUGAAAGAUUUUUAAAAUAAUUUUUAAGGUUACAUGAAUUUAUAUUUUCAAAAUACAGUGACUAUGAAGACCACAGUACUUAGAUGUUAUCAUGUUUAUUUGUGAUAUGCUUUAUGGUAUGCAGUGGUAUUUCAUAUAAAAACCCUGUUUAUCAACAUUUCUGAAAGAAUAUUGGCAUGUGGUGCCCCAUAAGGAUCAGUCAUAUUGUCCAGUUUAAGUUUCCUGUACAGCUUUGAGAUAAAGGUGAUAUUCCAAUUCAUUGGUGUAAGCCACAUAUAUAUUUCUACUGUAAGACACUUUGGUAAAUUCGUCUCGCCUCUUUGUGAUAUUUCUUCUGGUAUGUAAAAUGAGGAAUCUUGACUGGCAUAAAUACCACAACCAUAGCCAGUGCUCUGAUAAUAUUUCAUGUCUAUGCCUUCCUCAGACUCCUCAAAGCUUAGGAAAAAAAACUUUGGCUGGUGCCAAAGCUUUAGGACUAAAAAUCUAAUGAGGCUCAGAAAGCUAUUAAGGCUAUGCUUCAUUAUUUAUGUGUAGAAGAAUAGUUAACAUCUUAAAGUGACCCCAGUCACUACAGGUCACCUGUAAAAUGAGUGUUUUCAAAUUGACCUAUCUGGCAGCUCUUCUAUUAAAUAAAAAAAAGCCAUCGCCGUGGCAAGUAUUUAACCAUCAGAUGAGUCUUGCUUCCCGAGACAGUCUAUAUGGUCCCUCUCAGCAGCUUGUACGUCCUGUAAUGACAUACAAGCUGGCAGGGGGAACCUCAAUGGCCAGAGAGGGAGCAAGUAUUCUGCACAGCUGGAUGUAGAAAACAGGCAGUGGCUCUUCAAUACAUAGGCCACUAUAAAGGUAAGUAAAUUCCCUUUCUUUUAUAGGUGACUUCCUGGCUAAAGCUGGCCAUAGAUGCAUAGCUAUGAUGUAAAUAGAGACACCCCCCUGCUGGGACAUCGUAUUCUUGUCAGAAUACACUGAUCAGCGCCAGCAGCUGAUGAUCAAUAAAAGUUCUCCAACCUGUCCUUUCGGCAUAAGUUGAUCUAAAGAUCGACUUCUGUUAAACAGGAACUGGCACACACUGGUCUAAAUUUGACUUGUCCCUGCUGAACUGGCCACAUUUUGACCUGUCUAUGGUCAGCUUUAAAGUGAUGAUAGGGUUAUGUUAAAUAGUACUUAUUCCCUCAUUUUGUACAGGUUUCUGAAACAUUUGUUGUACUCGGUAGGAAAUUUUUGUUACUCUGGGGUAACUUUAGGCAUAUGCGAUACUGCAACUACAUGAACAUUCAGUUGUCAGCUGUAGGAGGAACCAAACCACUGUGGCAACGAGGAUUUUUUCUAGAGCCACAGUGGAUAAUUCAAUAGUUCCUACAGCCACAAUUUGUAAGGAGUAAUAUUUUAAAAUUGCUUUUUUUCAUAUCCUUUUUUUAGCAUCUGCUUUGUCAGACAAAAAAUGUUAUGCUUUCAAAUCCCCAACUUAAGGAGAGACAAAUAUAUGAGUUAUGUGGUACAGGAUAGAUAUUCUUUGGAUGACGAUGCAAUAAAAUGUCUUUGCAAAUGCAUUUAUGGUACGAUUUCCAAACUGUUUCUGCCAGAUCAUUGCACAGGUAGGAUUCUAGACUUAUUUAUUUACAUGUUCCUUGUUAUCUAUUCUAAUGUAAACAUGGUUCCAUGAAUCUAGUGAUGUUAAUUUAACAAUUAUGCCGUGGAUAUUUAUAUGAAAAGCCUAUUUUACCUGAAAUAUUUAUUUAACUGAAUUUAUCAAUCCAAUUGCGUAGUUGACAUGUGUUUUUAACGAUUCAUGGUGAAAUGAUUGUGGAUCGAUUUAGAGAAGUCAUGUCAUCAUAAUGAGGUCCAAAAAUGUAUGGAUUUAAAUGUUUAUUUAAUGUUUCCUAAUUUUGUGUAUAUUAGUAAUGACCAUCAAGCCAGUACAUUAUAAAAAAAAAUGGAGCAGAUUUUCGAAACUCUGUAAAAAUAUAUUAUAUACCUCAAAGGUUUACUAUGCAACAGCAUGGAACAAAGCGUGUAUGUUAUGAAAAUAUUGCAUUUUAAAGCAGAUCUCUAUAGGGGGUGCUCAGAUUUAGAGCCCUCUGCAUUUUAACGCUGGAGGGCAUAGAGCUGUGUAAAGGUCCCAGGCCAACCCUGAAAUCAGCUAUGCUGAUAUGGGCGGCGGAUUGUUUGGGGGGCAGUGGAACAACAGCAAAACUGGUUGAGAAAUUGUGUCUGUGGAAUCUGUUUACACACUCUUUUUUUAUUAUUUACUAUUUAUUUGUCAAAAUAAUGAGCCAAUUGUUACUUUUAAUAGUUUUAUUUGUUAAAUAUAUAUAAGUUUGUAUUAAAACCAUGUGUACAAAACAUGUUUUAAUUUGUA